AUGCUCGCCAAGGUUAUCUUCCUCACUAUUGUGGCUGUCGCCGCUGCUGCCCCUCAGAACACCCCCAGCGGCCAUGAUGCAAAGGCCAUCAAAAACCAGUGUGGUGGCGACGCCGAAGUCUACUGCUGCAACAACGAGACCGCCGAGAAGGCAACCAGCAAAAAGUCCGUUUUUCCUAUCGAUGCCGACGUUGCCGACCUGCAGAAUCUUCUUGGACAGUGCAACGAUGUCACUGUUGCUAUUUUCCGCAACCUUGUUCCGCUCAACAGGAUGUGCUCUCAGCAGUCAGUUUGCUGCAACAAGUCUGAGCAGACGGGUGUUAUUAACAUCAGCUGCAACCCGAUUCACAUCUAA